AUCUCCCAGCCACGCUGCAUGGGAACGUGAGAGAGAAGAGAGCAACGAUCGCGAUUCUCAUUCCAAUCGUAAUCACAAAAGCGAUCGCAAUCGUGCGAGCAGUCACAGCGCGCAAGACAAUGAGAGCGAAGGCAGGGGUAGAGACGACACCAGUAAACGGUAUUCGGGUAAUCGUCGACAUCGUCACGUCAACGAAAACGAGGAGCGUUGGUACUGGCGAUCCGAAUCGCCGGUAUCCGCCAGAAACUGCGUGAAUCGAAAGGACAAUCUACGUGAAGUCAGACAGGGCUCGGAACCUUUAUCUAUGACCAACCAGAAUGAUUUUAAUCGUACGCGAGACACUCGCAGUGUAGAGCCCGUUGGACAUUCGGAUAAGUUUCAAGGCAAGCCACCCACAGGUCGACGCAAUAUGAAAGACAGUUUGCCGAAGAAUGCCAAGUUAGAACUCUUGCCGCCGCGAUUGCAAAAGAAAUAUCUCAUUGACAAUGGAUACGCGUUACCUAACAAUCCAGGAACGUCCGCAGAGGACUCUUGGAACGGUAGCAGUAUUACAUUUCAG